GUUUGCAACUGGUGCACACCCACAGAAUCACAAACAGGAGACAGAUGUGACGGUGGCAGCCAACCAAAUGCGAAAGGGAGCCGCCAGUAAAGAGAAGUGAGCGCGGCCGCGAGAGAGAGGAGACAACAUGGAGCAUCUGCGGCUGUUAUUCCUCGCCUGUGUUCUCUGUGUGACUGCUACACUUCAGCAAAACGAGAACUUCCCAGUGCCCAGAACAUUCCAAGGCAUUGAAGUCACGCGUCAGCCCCCAACAGACCCAAACGGGACUCAGGCUCCUUUUUCCCCUCCACAACUGCUGUUGCAGAGCAACGGGACGGCGGAGUACCUGAGUGGGCCCCUGAGCACCCGGGUCAUCCCAGCGGUCUACCUUAUACUGAUGACCGUCGGGAUCCCGACCAAUGUCGCCAUCCUCUGUGCCCUGGCCUCCAAAAUUCGGCAGGUGUCCUCCGCCAUCCUCUACUGCAGCCUGGCCCUCUCCGACCUCCUCCUCCUCCUCUCCCUCUUCUUCAAGGCUCGCUACCAUCUCUAUGGCAACCACUGGCUUCUGGGAGAGCCUGCCUGUCGGGCGGUCACAGCCUGUUUCUAUGGCAACCUGUACUGCUCGGCCCAGACGCUGGCCUGCAUCAGCAUCAAGCGCUACCUGGCCGUGGUGCACCCGUUCCUGUACAAGCGCCUCCCCAAGAGGACGUGCAGCGCCUGGGCGGCGGCAGCCGUGUGGCUGGUGUUCGCGGCCGCCACCGUGCCCGAGCUCCUCGUCCAGCAGAGCUACUCGCUGCCCCAGCUGGGCACCAUCACCUGCCACGACGUUCUGCCCCUGAGCGGCGGCUACCACGCUUUCUGGCUGUGGUACAACCUGCUGCUGACCUUCUUCGGCCUCCUGCUGCCACUGGUGGUCACGGUCGCGUGCUACGCCCGAAUCGUACGCGAGCUGAACCAUUCACAGCUCAACUGGGCGAUGUACAUCAAGGCCAGCUCCCUGAACUUCAUCAUCUUCCUGGCGUGUUUCACCCCCGCGGGAGUCCUGCACUUCCUCCAUUACGUACAGUUGUCGGUGGACGGCACUGAGAGUUUGUACGUGCACUUUAACGUGGCGGUGUGUUUGUGCUGCCUCCAUGCUUGCCUGGACCCUUUACUCUUUGUCAUCAUGUCCAGAUCUGCAGGUUCUAGAUUGUGCAAGGCCUUUAAAGGCAAAACAGUGAGUAUCUCCAUCUGAGAGAUGAUGGUGUCUGGACUGUUCUCUGUGGCUGAAAUCCAAAGAGAAACUAAAAGCAACAAUACCAAGGAAAUGCUGUAUGACAUGAACGUACUGGAAAGGAAGGAAGAUUUGUCAGUUCUCAGAAUGAUGACAGACAAAUUGAGUAAAAAAUGUGAAAUAGAAGAAAUUCAUUUAACAACCACUCAUUCCAACAUUUAUAUUUUGUGGGAAAUUGAGUAAGUGAUUUCUAAUUGGAGCUUUACUAAUAAUAAUUGUUACUCCGUCAAUGUUGUUUUGUAUAGUUUUACAUAUGAUGAUUCCAAGCAGAGCUUCAGUGAGUGUGUCAUACCUUCCUUAUCGUAUGAAAAAGGAACUAAUGUCUGAUUUGCCUACAGCCCUCUAUUACUGACGCAUCUUUCCUGUCAGCCAGGAUGUGAUGUUAGCACAAACCCAAAAUGACACACACAUAAACACUUCCUAAAAUUACAGCUUAUCUGUUUGUAAACAACCAUGCACAGUAUAUACUGCAAGUCUGCACUUUUGAUGUUUGUACUAACAUGUCUGAUUAAAACACACAAACUGGAGUUAGUACCUACAAUAAAGGAUUUAAGUUAAUUACCGUUACCUCAUUUGUACAAGAUUAUAAAUAUGCCUAUAUUUUAACAGCGCUGUCAAUGACCAUGAUGCAGAUUAUUAUCGUUGUGGUUGUGUGGUUGCCUUCUGAAGGCAGAACCCAAUGAAAUAAUGCAGCUUCAUCAUCUCAGCUGGAUUCUGUGAAUUUUGACAGCGUGUGAAGAAAUGCUUGAACAUGGAAGUGGUGGUGUGGUUGUGAAGAUUACCCUUGAAUGUUAUCAUGAACAAUAUCUCUUUCUACAACAGAAUAAUAUGAUGAUGUGUAAUUUGAUGCAGUUUCUCUAACAGCUUUAUGAAAAGCUUUGUUACCAGCCUCUGGAUAAAUCCUUAAAGCACGCUUGUGGAUUGUGUGUGUAUGGUGCCACCUGCUGGUGGAAGUGGGUGCAGCUGCAUUCGGACACUGACCACUAACAGACACUUGGCAGUUGUUCAAAUGAAACUCUUUAUUCAGCACGUAGACACCGGAGGAAUCCACCUUUGCACUGCGUCCACUUGAAGCUUUUCUUAUUAAAAUAAAUCAUAUCGAGGACUGGAGACUGUUUUUUUUUUUUUUACACGACACGUUUAGUUUGACAGCAAAGGUGUUCAAAUCAGAAAGUCACACUUGGCAUUUUGAGUGGCUUUCCAGUUAAACUGACAGGAAACAUGAGGAUUUGAGCCUCCCUGCUGGGGAACAUCUGGUACUACAGAUCAUGCCUUUUCACAGUGACCUAGAAGUCAGCUCAGUAUAAUAAACACCUGUCCACAUAAAAUCUGACAAGACACGAGGAUGAUACAUUCACUCCCUGCGGAGGAACAGCAAAGACACAGAAACAGGAAAAAAAAACACGCACAA